GCCAAAGCGAGCUUCAACUUUAUUCUUGUUUGGAGAGCGGCGGAGCGGCGACGGGAGGGGAGAGGGCGCUGCCACUUUAAAAAUGGGAAGUCCGCCCUCCUGAGGUAAUGGUAACCUCAGCCUCCUCCCCUCCUCCUGCCUGAAGAGAGGGAGAGAGAGAAAACUUGUUUUCAUUCAUAACUUUUUCCUUUUCCUUCCUCUCCGUCAACUAUUUAUUCACGGCUUCUCUCAGCUCGGAUUGCAGAGGGCGCAGCUCCACCGUCGUUAACUUACAGUGUGGCGACGCUUCUCCGCUGCCCCUGACCCCGGCUCAUUUCUGCCCGGCUCUUUAGGAACCCGGCUUUGCCUUUAAAGUAGAGAGAGAUCUUUAUUGAUAAUUAUCCAUGCUGUGGGCUUGCUUUGGGCGCCUGCGUUAGCUCGGAAGGCUCUACGCGAUCUAAGAGAAACCUUGGCGAGAUACGCGAAAAUGGGUUGGAAAUCCUCGGUGAUCCUUAAGAUGUGAUGGGAUUGUCGGAAAAGGAUUUCAGAUGCAUGCGAGGUUUCCACUGAUUGCCAGAAUUCGAGAUCACUACACAUGGAUCCCCAAAAUCAACAUGGCAGUGGCAGUUCAUUAGUUGUGAUCCAGCAGCCUACAUUGGAUAGCCGUCAGAGGUUAGACUAUGAGAGAGAAAUUCAACCUGCUGCUAUUUUGUCUUUAGACCAGAUCAAGGCCAUCAGAGGUAGUAACGAAUACACAGAAGGGCCAUCUGUGGUGAAAAGACCUGCUCCACGAACAGCACCAAGACAAGAAAAACAUGAAAGGACUCAUGAAAUCGUACCAAUUAAUGUGAAUAACAACUAUGAGCAUAGACCUACAAGCCACCUGGGACAUGCAGGACUCUCAAAUAAUGCCAGAGGCCCCAUUUUGAGCAGAUCCACCAGCACUGGAAGUGCAGCCAGUUCUGGAAGCAACAGCAGUGCCUCUUCCGAGCAGGGACUAUUAGGAAGGUCACCGCCAACCAGACCAGUCCCUGGGAAUAGGUCUGAAAGGGUAAUCCGGACCCAGCCCAAGCAACUGGUUGUGGAUGACUUAAAGGGUUCUUUGAAAGAGGACCUGACACAGCACAAGUUUAUUUGUGAACAGUGUGGGAAGUGCAAGUGUGGAGAAUGCACAGCUCCCAGGACCCUGCCAUCCUGUUUGGCCUGCAAUCGUCAGUGCCUUUGCUCUGCUGAGAGCAUGGUGGAAUAUGGAACCUGCAUGUGUUUAGUCAAGGGCAUCUUCUACCACUGCUCCAAUGAUGAUGAAGGGGAUUCUUACUCGGAUAAUCCUUGCUCCUGUUCACAGUCACACUGCUGCUCUAGGUACCUGUGUAUGGGAACCAUGUCUCUAUUUUUACCUUGCUUACUCUGUUACCCUCCUGCUAAAGGAUGCCUGAAGCUGUGCAGGGGGUGUUAUGACUGGAUCCAUCGCCCAGGAUGCAGAUGUAAGAACUCCAACACUGUCUAUUGUAAGCUGGAGAGCUGUCCCUCUAGGAGUCAGGGUAAACCAUCAUGAUUUUUGGAAGUGGGUUGGACCUCCUGAACUUCUAACUUUCAAGCUGUGGCUGUUAAAAAGAUUCUAUUAGAUACUGGUUUUAUUUUCUUUACAAUUUUCCUGCCUUUCUUCCCCUGUUCCCAAGGUUUGACUCAUGGAUCUUACUCUUCUCAAAUGGAUGAUCUUCAGUAAGAGUGGACUGUGAAACUGCACCUGGCUCCCACUUAUGAGAAGAGCCACUGCCAUCCACUGAAGAGGGUAUUGAGAGCUAGUGGGCUUUUGUGUAGCCUUUUUGUUCUACAGGCAACUUGUCAAAGUUGUUGUAUACAU